AUGAGUCCGUGUGGGGAGAAGCCCCCUGAAGAUGGGACCAUUAAAAGGAAAAGGACUGAAGAACCAACAGAGAAGAUAAAGGAUAGCCAAGAAGAAGAAAGAAAAAGCCUCUCAGAUGAGACCAGCAAACCUGAGAGCAAGAAGAGGAAGAAGGAUGAAGAAGAAAAAAAUAAAAAGAAAUCCAGCUCAGAAGAAUUUCUUCAAAGCAGCAGUUAUGGAAGGAGUAAGGAGCAGGAAGACAACAAGGAGAAGAAAAGGAGCCGAGAAGAUCUGUUAGAAGGCAAGGAAGAAAUCCCGUGUGGAAGUGAGAAGGCCACCCCCCUGGACAUACAAAGUUACACGUUCCAUCGAAAGCUAGGAGAAGGCACCGGUGGAAAGGUGAUGUUGGCAUCAUUUGCACCAAAAAAACAACUCGUGGCAAUAAAGAUAGUCCAGAAAAAACCAAACAGGUGCAACUAUCCGUGGAUCAUGAUGGAGGCCCAGCUCUUGAAGUUUGCCAGAGAAUGCCCCUUCCUGUGUCACUCACAUGCCACAUUCCAGUCCAAGGCUCAAGCCUUCUUCGUGCUGGAGUAUGCCGGUGGGGGUACGCUGUACAGGAUGAUUUCCCGUCAAAAAACAUUACCGACGAAGAGCAUCCAGUUCUACUCUGCAGAGAUGGUGGUUGCGCUACAGUUUCUGCACUACAAUGGCAUCAUCCAUCGUGAUCUCAAGCCUGACAACAUCUUGGUGGAUAACGACGGACACAUCAAGAUCUGCGACUUCGGCAUCGCUGCUGUAGGAAUGUUCGCCGGAUGGAAGAUCAGGGGAUUGGCCGGAACACCUGGAUACCGUGCGCCAGAGAUGUUGUCAUUGGAGGCGUAUGACGCUGCAGUGGACUGGUGGUCGCUCGGUGUCAUCAUGUAUGAAAUGGCCACUGGCAGGCUGCCAUUUGUCCCAUCGCUUGAUCCUGCUAGGGAGUUUGUUGAUAUGAAACAGACGAAGGUUGAUUAUCCAAGUCACAUGAGCCAGGAAAUGCUGGACCUUCUGCCAAAGCUUCUGGAGAUGGACAAUAACAACCGUUUAGGACUAAAUGGGAACAUCAGGGAACAUCAAUUCUAUGCUGGAAUCAACUGGAGUGAGGUGGAAAGGAGAACAACUCGGACACCUUUCAAGCCCAAAAUUCCACCAGCAGAUAAAUUAAAAGAAAUUAAACCGGGAUUCUGCACCGAGACCUCCGAGGAAAAUAAGCUAGAAGACUUCUCCAAUGUGGAUUCCAACUGGAAUUGGCAGGAGUAAAGCAUUUUCUGUGCUCAUGGGGACUAACAGCAAACUCCCUGUGCAACAAGUGAUCAGGGCAACAUACCAUCCAUGGCAAAUUCCAUCUGUGGACAUCAGAUCUGCCAUCAGCUGCAAGUGUUUGCCUGUAUAGCCAACUACAUCAGCACCACACGGGAUCCUAGACAGAAAGAAGAGGCAACUUGAAGAAGAAGACAUCGUGGGAGGCCAGAAGAGCUGCGAGCUGGAUUCUCUAAAUGGAUUUUGGACAAAGUCCCACAGACCCUUGGAUAAGGGUCAACAUCUAUACUGAACAUACAGUGCACUUAUGGUAAGGCAGUGCACUGUUAAUUAACAGCGUUCAGUAUUUUUCAAUUUAUUUAUAUAGGGUAAGGUAAGUUGGGGUAAGUAUUCUAAGGUAAGAAUCUUUCUUUUCUAUCUCCUCUCCCAUUCUGUUACCAUAGAUAGGAUAAGUUAUAUUGUAGGAUUAUUUCUUAUCUUCUCUCCAAUUCUUAUUUUCUUCUCUAAUUCUUUCUCUAACCUUCCUUUUCACCUUUAAUAUAAGUUAAGUAAAAAAAAAAAUUAAAAAAAAAUAUAGAUAGCAUAAGUUAUAUAAUUAGGAUUAUUUCUUAUCUUCUCUCCAGUUCUUAUUUUCUUCUCUGAUUCUUUUGUCUAACCUUCCUUUUUUUUUUAACUCAAGUUUUUUUAUUGAGUAUUUGUGCAAAGUUACAUUUUAUUGCAGAUUCAACAAAAUAUCAGUUGUUACAUACAUAACAGUAAAACAAAGGAAAUAAUUGUACAGGUUUUGGAAGGUUUUGAUUACUCUUUUGGUAGGUAAACCUAGGUGGUGUGGUAUUUUGCUAGAAAUAGGUGUGUUGUAAUACUUAGUGGGCUGUUAUAAAUUUGCUGUUGCUUGGUCUUUGUGCCAGGGAUCCCAAAUUAAGGCUAACUUAUCUUUGCGGUCUUGUGUAUCAGCUGUCAUUUUUUCCAUUACUGCUCUGAGAUUGACUUGUUGGAUUAGGUGUUGUAAAUUCGGGGUGGAAGGUUGUUUCCACACUUUUGCAAUAAGAGAGAACGCUGUGUUGAAGAUAUGGAAUAAAAGUUUUUUAUUUGGUGGUAGUAUGUCUGGAGGGUAUAGUUGCAGUAGUGCGGUUGUACAGGUAGGUUCCAUCCCAGUUUAUUUUUGAUUAGGUUGAAAACUUCUGUCCAGAAGGGUUUUGCUGAUGGACACUGCCAGCACAUAUGCAGGAAUGUUCCUUGUUGUCCACAUUAUCUCCAACAUAAUGAUGAGUAUUGUGGAUUUAUUUUACUUAUCUUUUUAGGUGUUAAGUACCACCUGUGUGUGAUUUUUGUGUGGACUUCUAUAUGGUUGGUGCAGUUGGUAGUUACUUUAUGCGCUGAUAAUAUUUGCUGCCAUUGUUCUGUGGUAAACUGAAGUUGCAGCUCGUUUUCCCAUCUUUGCAUGUAUGGGAAUUUGUGUCCUUCCGGUAAUUGUAGUUGUUGUUUGUAGCAUUGUGACAAAGUUGCUUUUCCAUUCCAUUCCUUAUUACAUUUUCUUUUGCAGGUUUUGUAGUCCUUAGAGGUGGUUCUGAGGAAGUGGAGCAGUUGUAAAUGGGUGUACCUUUGGUUUUGUGUUAGGUUAUAUUUUUCCAUUAGGUCCUCAAAUUUUUGCAGUUCAUUUAUGGAAUAUAGGUGGCGUAUUGUAGUUAUCCCUUUUGUAAUCCAUUCUUGUAGGUUUAUGUUUGGUAUCAUAUACUUUAAGUGGCAUUAUUGUUGAUGGAAAUAUAUUGAAGUUGUGCUUUUUUGCCAGUUUGUCCCAUGUUUUUAUUGAUAGUUUUGUGGUAGGCAGUAGCUUUGGUGUUAACGGUCUGGAUCUUUUAGGGAGCCAGAAAAGUUGGAUUAAGUUCCCAUCUGGGGCUAGACUUGUUUCGUGAUCCACCCAUUUCUUGUUUCCUAGGGGGGAGUGUAGUCUUAUUACUGUUUCAAGGAUUGCCGCCAAAUAGUAUGCCUUAAUGUUUGGGAUCCCCAAGCCGCCAAGCUGUCUAGAGAAUUGUGAACAGGCAAAAGCUAUUCUCGGAGGCUUGUUUUGCCAUAUAAAUUUAUUAACAAUACGUUGUAAAGCCUCUAGGUAUUGAGGGGGUAGUGCUAUAUGGAGGGUUCUAAACAGAUAUAAAACCUUGGGCAGGAUGUUCAUUUUGAUUGAUAUAAUUCUACCUAACCAUGAUAUAGGUGCCUUUUUCCAUUUGGUGCAUUCUUUUUCUAUCAUUUUCAGUAGUGGCUGAUAGUUUAAUCGGUAUAUGGUCUCAGGGUCUUUAGGCAGUUUUAUACCUAAAUAGGUAAUAUAGGAUUCUUUCCAUUCAAAUUUAAAGUUGCCUCUUAGUUGGUGUAAGCUGUGUCCAUAAUGUUUUGAAAUAGUGUGAGUAAGUGUGGACAUAGCUGUUUUGUAAAGAUUUUGUAGUAGUUAUUAGUGAAUCCGUCCGGGCCUGGGGCUUUUCCACUUUUCAGCUUUUUAAUGACUAGCUUUAUUUCUUCCUCAGUUAUUGGUUGUUGUAGCAUAUCUAUCUGUAUUUGGGAGGGGUGGGGGAGCUGUAAUUUUUUUAGAUAUUCUUUAAUAUGGUCUACUGUCGGUUUAGGGGUUUCAUUGUUUGAAGCUAGGUUAUAUAGCGUGGAGUAGUAUUUGGCAAAUUCAUUGGCUAUUUGUUUGGGGUCUGUAAUUUUCCCUUGAGGUGUGGAGAUGUAUUGUACUCGUGUCUGUGCUUGUGUUUCCUUUAGUUGGGCUGCAAGUAAUUUGUCCGCUUUGUUUCCCUUGGUGUAGAAUAGAUGCUUAAGCCUUCUAAGUCUGUAUGCCGUCUUAGCUGCUAUGUUCUCGUUUAACUUAAGUCUUGUUUAAGUUAUUUCUUUUAAUAUUUGCCUAUUAUGGUUUUGUUGGAGUUGUUGCUCCAGCGCCCUUAAUUUAAUUUCUAGUUGUGUUUGGGUUUCUGUUCUGGUUUUUUUCAAGUGUUUUGGCUAGUGUUAUUAGUUCGCCUCUAAGAACUGCCUUGUGUGCUAACCAGACUAUUUGGGGUUUACUAUCUUCCGUUAUGUUAUGUGUAAAGUAUUGUUGGAUUGCUUGUUCGAUUUGGAGUUUGUGUUCUUCUUUAAGCAAUAAGCUUUUGUUUAGUCUCCAUGGGAGUUUUGUAUUAUUGUUAGGUGGGAUUUCUAUUCCUAUUGGGGCAUGAUCGGACCAGGUUCUCAAUCCUAUCCAGGUUUUUGUGAUUUGUGAGGCAGUUUGAGGGUCUGCAAGGAAAAGAUCAAUCCUGGUGUGGGUGUGAUAUCUUGGGGAAUAAUAAGUAUAGUCUCUAGCAGUGGGGUAUUGUGCUCUCCAGACAUCUAUCAGGCCGUGGGUGUGGAGUGUAUUUCUGAAUAUUUGUGAUUGUUUAAGUUGUGCCUUGGGUAUGGGGGUUCUCGACCCUUUAGAGACAUCUAUCUUUGGAUUAGGGGCUAUGUUGAAGUCCCCUGCAACUAUACAUUUCCCUUGUUUGUGGUAUAGUAGUUUUGAAAGCGUGGUAGAAAGAAAUUUGUUUUGGUUCUCAUUUGGUACAUAGAGGUUGAGUAGAGAGUAUGUUGUGUUACCUAUGUCGCCUAUUACCAUCAAAUAUCUGCCCAUAGUAUCCGCAUGCGUCUCUUUGAAUUUAAAUGGUAUUUUAGAGUUUAUCAGUAUUGAGACUCCUUUUGUUUUAUUGUUGGAGUUUGCAUGAUUAUUGUGGGGGAAGUAUCUGUUGUGAAAUUUUGGGGGAUUUUUUUUGCUAAAAUGGGUUUCUUGGCAAAAUAAUAUGUCUAUUUUUGCCUUAUAUGCGUCAUUAAUUAUUUGGUUGCGUUUGUUUGGGGAGUUCAGCCCUCUUGUGUUCAGUGAAUAUAAUGGGUCACAGACUUUUCGUGUUCCGGUUGUGGUGUUCCUUCACUUGUUGGAGGGAUAUCCCAUCUUGUUAGUAGUUUUUUGGCCUCUUGAACUGUAGUUAUGAUAGUAGGUGUCCCGUUGCGCUGUACUAUGAGUUUUACCGGGUAGCCCCAUCUGUACGGGAUGUUAUGGUGUCUCAGUAGUUUAGUGAUCUCGAGGAACGCUUUCCUUUUAAGCAGUGUAGCAGGAGAGAGAUCUGUGUAUAUUUCCAGUUUUUGGUAUUGUUCUGGCCAGUUCUCUUGCAGAAGCAAGUAAUCUUUCUUUGGUUUUGUAGAAUACAAAUCUGGCUAGGACAUCGCGUGGUACAUUGUCUGGGGCUGUUUUGGGCUUUGGGACCCUAUGAAUCUGUCUCUCCUAA